AUGACUAUUCUCAACUGGCAACAGAAGGCUGCGGCCAAACAGGCUGAAGCGGCUGCUAAAAUCCCCCAAGAAUGGCGAGUACCUGCAGACAUCCUGCAGGUACUUGAAAACGAGCAAGGAGUCUUGACCAUUCCUCAGCGCUGCGGGAUCCUCACCCCCAAGGAGUUGGAAAUCACAGAAGUUGCAGACGCUACUACUCUACGAGACAGGCUUGCUGCCCGAGAGGUCACAGCAGUGGAGGUCGCUACUGCGUUUUGCAAGCGCGCCGCCAUUGCGCAACAGAUUACUUCCUGCCUGACGGAGACCAUGUUUCCACAAGCAUUGGCACGGGCUAAGGAGCUGGACGAGUACCUCCUUACGACUGGGAAGCCGAUGGGUCCACUGCACGGUGUACCAAUUAGUCUGAAGGAGACCUUCAAUGUCCAAGGCGUGCACUCCUCUCUUGGUCUGGUCUCAUUCCUCGACCGCCCCGAAGCUUGCCACAACUCUGCUUUAACGAUGAUGACGGCCGAUUCCGAGAACAAUGUGUUUGGUCGUGUGCUGAACCCACACCGCCGCAACCUGACCGCAGGCGGUAGCAGCGGUGGAGAGGGAGCCCUUGUGGCCUUGCGGGGAUCUCUUCUAGGCAUUGGCACCGAUAUCGCGGGCUCCAUCCGGAUCCCGGCGUUGUGCUGCGGUACGUUCGGCUUCAAGCCUAGUGUCGGUCGCGUACCCUACGCAGGCCAAGCAAGCGCGGCUCGUCCGGGCAUGACGGGCAUCGCGCCCGUGGCGGGACCCUUGUGUCAUUCUGCCCGUGACGCUGAGCUUCUGCUACGCGUGGUGAUGGAGGCGCCUGUUGACGACCUCGAUGACACGGUCCUUGGCUUUCCUUGGACAGAACCGGCCCCCUUGGCUACCCCGACCCUCACCAUUGGCGUUCUCCCGGAAGACCCGCAGGCUCCCUUGCAUCCGAACAUGCAACGCACCUUGAAAACAGCGGUUGAAAGGCUGGCAGCAGCAGGCCAUCAUAUUGUGGACCUCUCCGGUCAGAUCCAAUGUAUCCACGAAGCGUCUGAUAUAUCAUUCCGAUUCUUCCGGAUCGAUCCCGAUCAAACACAGGUGAAUCACGUCUCGAGCAGCGGAGAACCUUACAUCAAGUCCCUGCGUUACACCUACAAUUUGGAAGGUGACGAUCCAGAGCCGACACUGCGAGAUUUGUUCGAUCUGAAUGUGGCACGGGCUAACGUCGCGGCGGUCAUGCGCCGUGUGUAUGUCGAGAACCGACUCGACGUGAUCAUCGGCCCGGGAAACCAGAGCUGUGCUGGGCCCCACGACACCUAUGGAGUUCCGGUGUACACCGUCCUCGCAAAUCUGGUUGAUUAUCCCGCCUGCGUUAUUCCUUUCGGAAAGGCUAACGAGGCGGCUGAUGCGGAAUACGUGCGCGAUGUCGCAUAUAUCCCUCCCUAUGUCCCGAAAGAGGUUGAAAACGCCCCUUGCCACGUGCAGCUCAUUGGCCGCCGCCUGAAGGAUGAAAGGUUGAUGCAGCACGCCAAGAUAGUUGAGAGCGUUCUUGCAGGAAAGUCGGCAUGA